AUGACGCUGGCUGACGCGGAGGCCCUCAUGCAGCUGACGCGCACCCUGGGCCUGCCCUGGACCGCCUGGAACCUGCACAUGCGCUGCCCGCCCGACAUGCUUGUGGACCUCUCCAGCAACGGCUGCGGCAUAGGCAUGCCGCUGCAGCUGACAGCGUGGGGCAGCCUGGUGAAGACCUACCUGCAGCAGGCCUGA